AUGAAGGUUUCCUUCUUGGUGAAAAAUCGUGGCACAAUGGUUGUAGGUUUGUUGUUAAGGUUGUAUGUAGUGGUUUACUGUUGUGGAAAAGAUGAUGGUAAGCUAUGGCAGAAGGAUGUUCUCUCCCUGAUUCAAAUUUCACUUUACAUUUUUAUUGAUAAUUGUUAUGAGAAGGAUUGUUCUGCAUUGCUCAACUUCAAAUUUGGAAUGGACAAUCCUUCUUCCAGCCAGCUUCCUGCAGUUCUGGUAAAAAACAAAGAGUCCCACAUCGAAUUUUGUAGAGAAAACUUUAGUGUUUAUAUAGCACACAAUAAUACUGAUUAUUUGUUUGGAAAUAGGCCGACACUAGAUGGGCCAAAAGCCCAAUACAUUUCAAAAUAA